GUUGAACCGGGUCCAAUAUGAGAUGCCCCUCUGUGAUGAUGAAUCCACCUCCAAGACCCUGCACCUCAUGGGGGACUUCUCUGCCCCCGCUGAGUUCUUUGUGACCCUGGGCAUCUUUUCCUUCUUCUACACUAUGGCCGCUCUUAUCCUCUACCUGCGCUUCAACAAGCUGUACACGGAGAACAAGCGCUUCCCGCUAGUGGACUUCUGCGUGACUGUCUCCUUCACCUUCUUCUGGCUGGUAGCUGCAGCUGCCUGGGGCAAGGGCCUGACCGACAUCAAGGGGGCUACCCGGCCAUCCAGCCUGACUGCAGCUAUGUCUGUGUGCCACGGAGAAGAAGCUGUGUGCAGUGCGGGGGCCACGCCUUCCAUGGGCCUGGCCAACAUCUCCGUGCUCUUUGGCUUUAUCAACUUCUUCCUGUGGGCCGGGAACUGUUGGUUUGUGUUCAAGGAGACUCCGUGGCAUGGGCAGAGCCAGGAGCAGAGCCAGGGCCCCAGCCAGGAGAGCAUAGCUGAGCAAGGAGCCGUGGAAAAGCAGUAAGCAACCCUCACCUGAUUACUCCCGAACUGGACAGCACCUCUUCCACCAUCUCUGGCUUCCAGGACCUUCUUCUUCCUCCUCCUUCAACUACCCUCCCCAAUCAUUCUGGGUUUUGAGCUUUGAGAAGAUGGAUGAGCAGGCAUCAGCUGUCUGAAACCUGGGCAGCCCUUUCAGUGGCUUUCUGUCCCUCGUUUUGCUGGAACCCCAGAUGUCAGGAGCUAAGUGCUUCUUGUCUACUGCCUGGACCCAGGGAUCUUACUUGAGGUCUUACUGAUACCCUCACAGCCUCUAAGAACCAGCCUCUGCUGCAGGUGAGGGUUGAGGGCAGGAGACCAGAGCCCUGAGACUGGUUCCUGGCAGCCUCCUUUAUCUCAACCUGUCCAGCUUCAAUAAAAGGGAGGAGGGGAAAUUGGCUGGCAGCCUUCUCCUUGGUCCCUGGUGUGGAAGGCCCAGCAGUGGUUUGGUGACCCCUCCUCAAUGGUUGUCAUCCGGUUCUGUGUCUGCAGUGAUCUCCGGUCAGCCCAGAGCUCGGUGUGCUUCCCACUCUCCUCUCUGGCCUCUGCUUGCCCACAGAAUCCACCAUAUAUGAACCAGGGAGGCUGACAGGCCUAGA